GCUGUGUCCCACUCUCUGAGGAUCCGAGCACUGAGAAGCUGCUGCUGCUGCAGGAUGACAGGCAGCGGGGAGUGUGCCUUGCUUCACGGCUGCCGGCAGAGAUGGCGCCCUGAUGCCGGUGAAUAAGCAGAAAAACAGAGCAGAGGGAGGGACAAGGGAUGCGGGCAGCGGAUGAUGAGGAGCUGCAUCACUCAGAGCAUCACAUGGCAGGAGAUGAUGACAGCGCUCUGUGGAUAUUUACGGAUGUUUUAUUGUUCUUUUGUACAUUUUUUAUUUUUUUUUACAUGAGAUCUGAAGCAGUGUGAAGUGUGAUCCCUGAGAGGGGAGGCGGUGGGGGGGUUGUUGUCUGCCUCGUUUCUCCCUCCAGCGGGGCUCUCUGCUCGUCCGACGCAGGGAGGAGAGGGCAGGGCGGGGAGGGAGACGGGGCGAUGGCUGCCGGCGGAGCGGGAUGCGGCGACACGGUGGAGGAGUGCCGGGUCGAGGUGGAGCGCCUGACCCGGGAGCUGGCGGAGGCCAACCGCGAGAAGGUCCGGGCGGCGGAGUGCGGGCUGGUGGUGCUGGAGGAGAACCAGAGGCUGAAGCAGCAGUACGCCGACCUGGAGGCCGAGCAGGAGGCGCUGAGGCUGGAGCUGGAGCAGCUGCAGGAGGUGGGCUCAGCAGGGGCAUUUGGCCAUGCCUACUCCACCCAGCGCAAGGUGGCCGAGGAUGGGGAGAACAACGAGGAGACGCUGCUGCAGGAGUCCGCCACCAAGGAGGCCUACUACGUGGGCCGCAUCCUGGAGCUGCAGUCGGAGCUGAAGCUCAGCCGGGCCGCUGCCUCCAACGCUCAGGCUGACAACGAGCAUCUGAGCACCCUGCUGCAGGAGCUCAGGGAGAGUAAUGAAAUGUUGGAGCUGCAGCGCAGCCGCAUGAGGGAGGAGAUCAGGGAGUACAAGCUCCGAGAUGCGCGGCUGCUCCAGGACUACACUGAGCUGGAGGAGGAGAACAUCUCUCUGCAGAAGCUGGUGUCAACCCUCAAACAGAACCAGGUGGAGUACGAAGGCCUGAAGCAUGAGAUCAAGGUCUUGGAGGAGGAGACCGAACUCCUCAACAGCCAGCUGCAAGACGCGCUGCGUUUGAAGGACAUGUCUGAUACGCAGCUGGAGGAGUGUCUGGAGUCCCUGAAGAGUGAGCGUGAGCAGAAGAACCACCUGCGCAGGGAGCUGGUGCACCACCUCAGCAUGUGUGACGUGGCCUUCACCGGCAGUACCCACCUGACGUUCACCUCGGCCCCGCCCAGUGGCACCGCCACCCCGACAACUCUGCUGUCCCCGAACGCAGAGGAGCCAACAAGAUGUAACGGCCACCUUCAGGGCGGGACCGCAGCGGGGACCGCGGCAGCGCUGGGGGCCCGGCCCAAUGGAGAGUGCCGAGGGCCGGGUCGCAAAGCUGAGGGAGUGACGACGUCGGACCUCUACAGUGAGAUGAACCUGACAGAGAUCCAGAAGCUCAAGCAGCACAUAAUGGCCGUUGAGCGUGAGAAGGUAGCACUGAUGACGAGCCUGGAGGAGUCCCAGACUCAGCUCCAACACACCCAGGGGGCCCUGACGGAGCAGUAUGAGAAGACCCUCCGUCUUAGCCAGAAGGUCACUGCCCUCCGCCGUCUGCAUCGCAGGGCCCAGCUCAACCAGGAAGCCCAGAGCAGUGUCACCUCUCAGCUGAAUCCUGAGGACCUCAGCAGAGAUGACUUAGAGGCUGAAGACGAAGGGGACACGGAGGACUAUAAGAGCGAGACACUGAACAAAAGUCAGUUAUUUUCAUACCAAACGCCGGGUCUGGAGAUCCUGCAGUGCAAGUAUCGUGUUGCUGUGACUGAGGUGGUGGAGCUAAAGGCGGAGCUGAAGGGCUUUAGAGACAGACUGGCUCAGUGUGGGGAGGGAGGAGGGGAGAGGCCGAACCGAUACAGCCAGCACCAGAAGCUGGAGCGGCAGGUCGCUUCGUUGGAGAAGAGCUGCCGGGAGGGACGUGAGAAGAUUUCUAGUCUGGAGUCGGAGUUGCAGGCAGCUCAGUCAGGAGCCAGUGAGAGCCGGGGGGCACUGAACGCAGCUCAGGAUGAGCUGGUGACGCUGAGUGAGGAGCUUGCACAGCUCUACCAUCACGUCUGUCUGUGCAACAAUGAGACGCCCAACCGUGUCAUGCUGGACUACUACAGACAAGGCAGAGGACUGAGGGCCGUCACUGCCAGUCUCAAAGCCAUGUCGUUGGACAACAGCAAAGUUCUCCUCACACCGCGCCUCGCAAGGCGGCUGGCCGCUGUUGCCGCUGCAACCUCGACUUCCGGGGAGUCGCGGAGUCCCUCGGAGUCUCCAUCCAAAGAGCCCCUGUGCAGAGAGGGUGGAGGGGAGGAGAAGGAGGGUCCCCCGGUCCCAUCUGAGCAGAGCCCGCGAGCCUGCACACCUCCUACCCGCUCACCCAGUAUCAGUGCCUCUUCAUCGUCAUCGUCAUCAUCAUCGCCUGCCCUGGAGCCGGCCAGUGAGCUGCGCAAGGAGCCAAUGAACAUCUACAACCUCAACGCCAUCAUCAGAGAGCAGGUGAAGCACCUCCAGCGGGCCGUGGACCAGUCUCUGCAGCUGUCCAGACAGAGAGCUGCGGCCAGGGAACUGGCCCCUCUGCUGGACAAGGACAAGGAGAGCUGCCUGGAGGAGAUCCUGAAGCUCAAGUCUUUGCUGAGCACCAAGAGAGAGCAGAUAGCCACCCUCAGACUGGUGCUGAAGGCUAACAAGCAGACUGCAGAAGGGGCUCUUGCCAACCUUAAGAGUAAGUAUGAUUCCGAGAAGUCCAUGGUGACCACCACCAUGAUGAAGCUGAGGAACGAGUUGAAGGCGCUGAAGGAGGAUGCUGCUACUUUCUCCUCUCUGCGAGCCCUGUUCGCAACCAGGUGUGACGAGUAUGUGAUCCAACUGGAUGAGAUGCAGAGACAGCUGGCUGCCGCCGAGGAUGAGAAGAAGACUCUGAACUCCCUCCUCCGGAUGGCCAUCCAGCAGAAGCUGGCCCUCACCCAGCGCCUGGAGGAUUUAGCUUUCGAUCAAGAGCAGACCCACCGCACCCGUGGGGGAAGGCUGACCCGUGGGAGGACCAGCACCCCCAAAGUAAGUCCCCCAUCCUCGACUUCGGCCUCCAACCUAGCCCAAGGCUAUACCACAUCUUUUGCCCCUGGCAGCCUCCUCGCUUCUGGCCUUACUAGUUCUUCGUCAAUUGUUCCUGAUGAUUCCACUUUGUCUUUUUGUCAGUCCAUGAUCAGUGCAGCUCUGGCUUCACCUCUUACCUCCCCUACCUCACACAUACCUCCUCGCAGUCCAUCAUCAGCAAUGAUCACCUCACUGGCUGGUCUUGUAGCGUCAGAGACCCCCCCAUCCCUUGAGGCCCCCUCUUCUACCUCGGCACGGACCCCACCCUCAACCCCUCUGAGGCUGGCUUCCUCCCAGUGGACCCUGGGGGUGCGAACAGUUGUGAUCGACUCCCAAAGUUUCAAUGUCAACUUCUCCCCUACUCUGCCCCAUGGCUUAGGCUCUACAGUCUCCAGGCACUACACCUCAGACACAUACACCUCUCCCCCGUCCACCACCACCACCAGGCCCACCCUGCUAGGACCUGCCCCCUCUUCUCCAUAUCGUUCCCCUCUUGUUGGGCUCAGGCGCUCCACAUGGAGCCCCACUCCCCGAACUCGACCCCUCUCUAGCCUGACUCGCUCUUCUGUCCAAUACUCUCCUUCCUCGGCCUCCCCUUACUCCCCUUCUUCCUCCUACAGCUACUCCCCUUCCUAUUACAGCUCCUCCUCUGCUUUCCUGCCCUCUAGCUCCUAUCUCACCCCUAGCAGCUCCACCUCCCACAGCCACUCCAGCCACUACACACCCCUGUACCCCAGAUACAACAGUUCUUACCGGCCCCGGCAUUGACCCCCUACUCUGAAUCCUUUAUACUAUAUGCCUUUUUCAGCCUUUAUUGACACCGAAAACUCCCAUCAUUCCUCUCUUUUCUUCACCUGAGAGGUUGGGGGCUCACAGAGAGGAGGACAGAGUGGUUUCCUGUUUGCCAGUCCCUGUUUUCCUGUGCCUAAGCCUUGGCCAAUGGGUUCUGAAUGUUCUGUGACUUUGCUCAGGGAUUUGACAUAAGGAGCACAAGCGCCUUCCUUUUAUUCUGAGACUGCUGAUUGGUCCACAGGAGGGCGUCAAAAGAGACUUUUUAAUUGGAGUUUUUAGUGUUCAGGUUCUUCAGGUUGAGACAACACAUGCAUGGUGAGACACAGAGACAUUCAGACAUUGAAUGGACAUUUGGCGGACACUUUCAUAGCUUCCAAUGAGGGCCAUGACACCACACUGUCCUUGAAAUUCAGUGUAUACUGUAUUGUACUUGGAUGCAUAAAGGUUUAGUAUGACUCCAAUUAGGUAGGUUGCACAAAGUGUUUAUACUUGUUCUGACAGGUCACACUCACAGGUGGGCAGAGAAGUGAAUGGUACAAAUGGAGAUAACAACACACACUUACUGAAAGUCUUUACACUAUGGCAUUCAUAGUAUUAUAUUCUGUCGCAGUUGAAGAUGUGUGGAAAUUAAAAAGAUAGCCUACAGCUUUUAUACCCGCACACAAUCGCUGCGAUCAAGUCAACGCGGUUGUCGGGUUAUUGUUUCGUAAAGUUAGAGAGAAAUCAGUUUCCCAAAGUCCAGUAUUGGAAGGGUAUGGCGGCCAGGUGUGAGUCAUUGUUCGGCCUCCCAACAUAGUGCACCGAUUCUUUCAAGGUUUCAAUUUAAUAAUCCCACACAGACUCCCGCACACCCCUGUAUGAUGAAAGAGCUGUGGGAGAGGAGUGAUGAACCAGUCACUGGUAUUCACCGGGGUACUUUGCCAAAGUGAGCACUGCUUUCCAACGGGAAUCCGUCAGUGCAUCUCAAUGACUGUUCUUCAUUUCCCGGUCUUUCAAUGGUUGUCACAUCAUCAGCUUUAACCUCUAGCAGUUUUUGUCCAUCUCUAGCACCACCCAGUGGUUUGUUCUUAUAUAGCCAUGUACUCAGCUAUGCAUGCUCACGUUUGGAUGCUCUUAUACCGCAGACUUCCUCCCCCUUCCAUAAGAAAAAUGUACCUGAUGGAGGUGCAGGCUGUAUAAAGAGGAAGGAUGUUGGAGAGCACUCAAACAUGGCAUAUGACCAGUGUAGGAUCAGCUGAAUCCCAUUGUCUAGUCAAUGUACAAGGAAAGAUAUAUGACUUGGAGUUAGCUCUGGGGUGUGUCGCAGUAGUCUACGCCUCAAGUACAUCAACUUACUAUCAAAUUACAAAAAAAAAAAAAUGUUGUUUCACAUACAGCAGGGUGGCACAGUAAGGAGGAGGUUAUUUUUCAUGGGUCAAUAUUGAAAGUAUGAAAUAUCAGUAAGUUUAAAAAUUACGCCUUGCAUAUUUAAUUUCCCAAACUAAUAAAACGAGUAGAUUCUUAGCUAAACAGAUCUUUCACACAAAUUGUAACUGAGGCGAUCAAAGACUAUUCUGACACACCGGCGUGGCUGACUUCUGUUACACCAUUACACUAACAAUGUAGCACCCUCUCGUGCCUCUGAGGCCAUCUGCAGAGGUUUGUCAAGCAACAUGGUACUGCACCAAACUCAGGAAAUGUGAAACACUUCAUCCGACCCAGAAUGACUCACAAAUCAAACCAGAGCGUCUACAAGCAUCAUGCCAUCAUGUUUGCAGGGGUUGCAGACCUCCCAGGUUAGACUGCACCUAAGAUUAGAGCAAGGUUUAUAAGAGAUAUGCUUGUUUUACAUCUUACCCAGCGUCACAUGAGAAGACUGAUAUCAGUUUCAUCUGGGUGUUCAGUUUACAGAUAACUCUCGGAUUUGGAUUUUUUUUUAAUUGUGUUAGGUUUUUUAUACCAGCUUGGUAAUUUAAUUAAAUUUUAUUCGUACAGCGCCAAAUCACAACAUACAUUAUCUGAAGGCACUUUACAUAGCAAGGUAGACACUUUACAAUAUUAUAGAGAAACCAACAGUUCCCACAACAAGCAAGCACUUUGGAAACUGUGGAGAAAAAAAUGAAGUGGAGGAAAACUCCCGACAGAACCAGGGUCACUGUGGGCGACCAUUUGCCCCGACUGGUUGGGGUGAGUGGAGAAAAAUCGGGGAAGAGAGGAGAGGUCGGUGGAAAAGAGGGGAGGAGGAGAGAGAGAGACCAGGAAAAAUUAUCUAGCCAUCGUAUUUACGCUGUCAGACUGAUAUACUGUUAUAAUGAAAAUGAUAGUGAUAUUUAUGGAUGUAAUGAUAGCAAUGGCAGUUAUAUAAUAAUAAUAAGCAUAAUAAUAAGCAUAAUAAUAAUGAAAUUAACAGUUUAUCCUUGUAGUUCACAGUGUUAACCUGUGUUGUUCAGACCCUAAAUCCAAGCAGCCGCUCUAUAAAAACCUAUAACACAUUAUUACGUCUGUACCAGACUCACAGCUGAUAUUGUUCUUCUCAUUUGACCUGAGUUGACAGCAAAGUUGCAACCACUGCAGCAUACAUGAUACCGUAUUCCCUGUGUCUGUGUGUGCCUUACAGUAUAUAAGUAUAUACAGUACCUUCACAGUGUAGCCCAGCUUAAUAUCAGAUACCUGCUCUGGCUGUUUGUCUUUAACCUGGACACAAAACCUUUUUAUGUGCUUUCAUUAUUUUUCAUUUCACCUCCACCUCAGUUUAGAAAUACAUAUGUCUUUUCUGUCUUUGCUUUGAGCGUGUGAGGUGGAUAAUGACUCUGCUUUGUCGGACAGUCUAAUCUUAUAACUGUCAGUAGAUAUUUUUGGUGAGGGUGCUGCUGUCCAAAUACUUCCCCAUAUGUCCCCUUCUCCAAUGUAUACUUUAUUUUUUCCCCCUAUACAACACACCACCACUGGUCUUCUUUGUUUCCUUACCUGUUAAUUCUGUCAAUCUCUUUUGUCUUUUCACUAUUUUGCACCGUUAGGCCUAUGACACAUGUUUUUUAAAUAUGCAACAUGGGGCAACACUUAUUUCACAGGCACCUUUAUUUUGGAGAUGAAUGAUUGCCUGCUUUGGAAAGUCUAUACCAUGAUGGGCUUCAUUGUUUUUCUACCUAAAACCACUGAGGCUCUAUGUCUGCAAUCUGAUUUCAAGGUGCAAGUGUUAGGAGCGGUCAUUUGCACAUUUGCUGUAUGCUACUGUUUGAACAAUGAUUUCGUUAUCGUACCUUUUGAAAGUAUGAGCAUAAAAAUGUUUCAGAUGCA